CCCACCCCCACUCCCACUCCCCCACCCACCCAACUGAUACGAGUGAGGAUUUCUCCAGCUGGAGUUUAGCCCAAAAAUGAUGAAAGACACCGCUAAAUAUGAAAUUUUUUCUUUGCGAAAUUUUCUAGUUGGGUUUUUGCAUCCUCAUUCGAUGGCUGAUACAUGUUUUUGUUCAGAGUUUUGCUUCUUGUUAUUUUAGUCUACUGGUUUUUUCGAUCUAGACCGUUGGUUUUGUUCAAUUUCUUCAGAUCCGAACGGUGUUUAUUUUCAUUGGCUGUCAGCGAUGUUGGACUUGGCAAAGCUACUGUUCUUCCCCCGUUGUGCUAAGGUAUCAGAGAGGGGCCAAUCUUUGACGCUGAAGUAUUUAACCAUCUUAUUUUAUCUCUUGUGCGUAACAAAUGCCGAGUUGCUUGAUAAGCCAUUGGAACAACAGCCCAUCUCACCGGUCAACAAACCUGUUGAAGCACCUGGCUUACCUGAUCUGCUCCUGCCGGCGAGUGUACCUGCAUUUCAUAGGCAACAUAGAAAUCAUUUUCCUUCUGGUGCAUCACGGCUUUGGCUAGGCCCUGCCCAGCCUCCUGAUUAUGGUCCUUUAGUAACUGCUGCACACCCUCCUUCCAGUUCGCGCUUGUCCAAGCCAUCAAUGAAGAAAAGUGGAUUGGUGCCUCCUAAUGCUGGCCUUGCACCUCCAUCAAUGAAGAAAAGUGGAUUGGUGCCUCCUAGUGCUGGCCUUGCACCUCCCCAUUCGGCAGAGAUUGCUCCAACACAAUCCAGUCCUAGUACUCUACCCGCUGGUUUGACUCAGCCACCACUUUCUCCUCACACUUCCAACUGUUGUGGGCCAGAUAUGGUGCUCAAACGAGGAAGCCAGGACUGCCAGUGUGUUUACCCAUUAAAGAUCGACCUACUCCUCUUGAAUGUCUCAUCAAAUCCAAAUUGGAAACUGUUUCUGAAUGAAUUUGCUUCACAAUUAAGUUUAAAGGUUUCUCAAAUUGAGCUAAUUAACUUUUACCUGGUGGAUCUAUCAAAGCUAAAUAUAUCCAUGGAUAUCACACCAGAUAAGGGAAUUAGUGUAUCAUCUGCUGAAGCCUUUGCAAUAAACUCUUCGUUAUCAAUGCAUAAGAUCCAUCUAGAUCCAGCACUAGUGGGUGGAUAUCAAUUGCUCAACAUUACCUGGUUUAAGCCGCCAGUUUCAGCACAAGCUCCUCGUUCUGCUAUGUCACCCGUUGAAGCAGCUCCGCGGCUGCCUUCAGCUCCUGCAGUAACAGCGUCUUCGAACAAAAGGAGACAUCCAAGUUUAAUUCUUAUUGUUGGGAUUGUUGCUGGCAUCUUAAUCAUCACUAUCAUAUCAACACUCUUUAUUUGUUUCUGUGGAUCUAAUCAAAGACAGAAGAAAAGACCCCACAAAGAAACUGCAAAACCGAUACGUACGGACGCUGUUCCAACUGAGGGAUCAUUUCCCCAUCCAACUAGUACACGGUUCCUUCCAUAUGAAGAACUGAAAGAAGCUACAAAUAACUUUGCACCAUCUAGUAUACUUGGAGAGGGCGGCUUUGGCAGAGUUUUCAAGGGUGUGCUGAGUGAUGGUACUGCUGUUGCAAUAAAAAGACUUACUAGUGGAGGCCAACAAGGAGGUAAAGAGUUUCUAGUUGAGGUUGAGAUGCUUAGUAGGCUGCAUCACCGUAAUCUGGUGAAACUUAUUGGUUACUAUAGCAGUCGUGAGUCCUCACAGAACCUACUGUGUUAUGAGCUUGUUCCAAAUGGGAGUUUGGAGGCUUGGCUUCAUGGCCCUUUAGGAUUAAACUGCCCACUGGAUUGGGACACAAGAAUGAAAAUUGCGCUUGAUGCAGCGAGAGGACUUGCAUAUUUGCACGAAGAUUCUCAACCUUGUGUUAUACAUAGAGAUUUCAAAGCAUCAAAUAUAUUGCUUGAGAACAACUUUAAUGCUAAAGUUGCUGAUUUUGGCCUUGCAAAACAGGCCCCGGAAGGCCAGGCGAAUUACCUCUCGACUCGUGUUAUGGGCACAUUUGGGUAUGUAGCCCCUGAAUAUGCCAUGACUGGGCACCUACUGGUAAAAAGUGAUGUGUACAGCUAUGGGGUUGUCCUCCUUGAAUUGUUGACAGGAAAGAAGCCUGUAGAUAUGUCACAACCAUCUGGACAGGAAAAUCUUGUUACUUGGGCCAGACCAAUACUUAGAGACAAGGAUCGUUUGGAAGAACUUGCUGAUUUAAGGCUUGAGGGAAAGUACCCAAAGGAGGAUUUUGUGCGGGUUUGUACAAUUGCUGCGGCUUGUGUUGCUCCGGAAGCUAGCCAACGGCCUACAAUGGGAGAAGUGGUUCAGUCUCUCAAAAUGGUUCAGCGGGUAACUGAGUACCAGGAUACUAAUAUAAAUUCAGGCACUCGACCUAACAUAAGGCAGUCAUCUACAACAUUUGAAUCAGACGGUACCUCGUCUAUGUUUUCUUCUGGUCCUUACUCUGGUUUGAGUGUGUUCGAGAAUGACGUAUCUCGGGCAACUGUAUUCUCAGAAGAUCUUCAUGAAGGAAGAUGAACAUUAUUGGGAAGGCCUUCCAAUGCUUCAAACACUCUGAUCUUCGAUCGUAAUGCAGCAGAACGGGAGAAUUUGAAGUGGGUUGGCAGAAGUGAGACCCUGCACAGUGGAUCUGGCAAUGCUUUGGAAAAUCUAUUGGUUUGCUUCAUCCCCUGUAGAGAGCCCAUUGUUCAUUUUUUCCAGUAUGGACAUUCUCUACUUGUUGGAUGAGAGCCUGUAUAUAUAUAUGUAUCGGUUGAUAUUUGAUGGCAGUGGUUCAGUUGAAGGGGGAUAUAAGUUGAAUUUCUUUUUCUGAAGUUUCUUUAUCUGUGUGAUGCCCCUUGUGCAAAUUCCUCUUUAUCCUCAAAUUCUGUAACUUUUAAGGACUGUAUCACUUAUCGUGGAUUCUCCUUACAGUAUCCUGGAUAGCAAAGCAAAACUCAACUGGAUAAAGAAUUGUCUAGGGUGUCAGUGAGAACGAGUAUUUUGAGAUAGUAAAAAUAGUGGUACGGUACCUUGAGUUUGUAAAAACUAUGAGCACUUAUUUCAUGGAAAAAUAUGUUUUUUGAA